CUUGCUGUGUUUUUAAUUAUUAUUUUGUUUCAUUCAUUUUCUUUCCAUUUACUACAACCACAGCUAUUACGGCAGAGGAUAAUGCGGGAUGCUUAAAAGCCCAGAAACGUCGUCGUUCUAGGUAUUGCAUUAAUAUAUGAGCUCCCUUGUCUGUUUUUACUUGCGUUAUGGAGUAGUAACAAUGAAAAUGUAUAUUUCUUCAGUGAAAGGGGUUUCAUCAGUUCCGGCGAUUCAAAUUCAGAAGCGUCCAGUAUGGGCUACGGGACUGAGGGAAGGCGAGGCAGCGGUGCGCCGUCGCAGAGCGCUGAGGAGAGUAGACAGAGAAUUGGAGAAGGGAAAUUACAGAGCGGCGCUGUCUCUGGUGAAGCAGUUGCAAGCGCAUCCCGCCGGCCUCCUACGUGGCUUCGGCGCCGCUGCCGCAAAGGUUCCUGGAACUAUAUCAUCCUUAGAUGAGUCAAAGUUAACACGGGAGAUUGAAAUAUCAUCGCUACAGUUAGUGGUCAAUGCAAUCCUUGACUCCGUCAAGUGUAGCCUAGAGUUUCAACUACAGGAGGAAGAAAUAGAGGUCACUAUACAAGAUUUUGGAAGAACAGUGAAUGCUGAGAGUAAUGACUCUGUUUACAAAGAUCAUCUAAUGUGUACGCAUCAUGAAGCUGGUCACUUUCUAGUUGGUUAUAUGCUUGGGGUCUUACCAAAAAGAUACAAAAUACCGAGUGUGGAGGAUCUGUUGCAGGACGAGUUCGCUGGUGGGAAUGUGGAGUUUGUUGGCUUUGAAUUUCUUAGAGAUGUCUACGGGGCGACCAUGUCAAAGGGAAAGUUCACCAAAAAAAAGCUUUGUAAAAAGACCUUAAAGAAAUUUUCAUGUGUAAUCCUUGGAGGCUUGGCAGCAGAACAUCUUAUUUUUGGAUGCUCAGAGUUACUGCACUCAGACGUUGAGAAGCUGGAUAGAGUACAUAAGUGGCUCAACUUCACAGAGAGUAAAGUCGAGUCAGAGAUUAGGGGGGCUGCAGAAGCUGCUGUCACAAUAUUGUAUUCUCACAGUGAAGCUCGGUCUAGGCUAGCUGAGACCAUGGCCUUAGGAAGAUCAGUUGGCUUUUGUAUUGAGACGAUAGAGAGAACAUUAGACUUCAAAAACAAGUCAAACUGCUUCGGUUAAGGCAAUGAUGUGAAGAUAUUUUCUGUUUCAGCUUACGUGCUCCUUUUCCAUCUCAGGUUUACGAGGCAAAGGUGAGCCAAAAAGGUUUGUAUCUCCUUAAGCAAGACAUGAAAUAUUACUUUGCAAGAGAACUAUACACAGGCUGGUAUGUAUUUCUUUUCUGUUGGUCUUACAUUGCGGAUUGUGAUGUUGGUGUUUAUUCAGGUGUUACAAAGUCGUAUAUAAAAAAUAUCAGGUGUCUCUUCUCCUGAAGAGCUGGCAUCACGCACCAUCCAUGCCAUGCAACAGUUACGUUCCUAGUGUUCCUCAGGCCAAUCCUUAGUUCUUCUUGAGCUUUAAGCUCAGAAGUCAAUGUGUUAGAGAAACUGAUUCCUUCACUAGAUUGGUUAUUUGCCGUCUUUUAGAACCAUCUGUCUACUGGUUUUGCCCGCCCGUUAUAGUCAUAAGAGAGAGACCAUAGGACAUCUGUCAGUUCCUUACUAGCCUCUGGGUUUCAAGGUGUUUUUUCUCCUGGUGGGCGACUGAAUAUAUUCAAGAAAGGUGAUUGCAAUACUGUACAUAUGUCUCCUUUAUAUUUGUCUAGGCUUCUUCAUUUGGCACGACACAAACAUUUCUGUAAGAAUUCUUCUUAUGGAGCAUUACAUUUCAAAUUAGCCAUUUUAUUCUAGAUGAGGAUUCUUCUCAUUUGUCAUGAACUGUCACCAAUACUUGCAGAGGAGAGCAUAAUCGUGCUGAUAUUAAUAUGCAAGAAAGGAAAAAGUACACUGCCAAGAUUCUGAAUUAGUUGCAAAUGCUACCAAUCAUUUAAAGGGGAACAGAAUAUCAUCACAACAGCAUAGACAAGUAGUCCUGGGGCCAACGCAGCAUCUACAAGGACCAGAAUUCGCAACCUAACACUUCUGAUGGAAAAAGAAUGAACGAAAAAAAUACAAAUCCAAACAACUCAGCAUCCAAAGUGCAUAACAAGACGAUGGGUUUUAUAAGGACACCCUCAAAUCUCAAUCAAACAAAAGAAUUCUUGGCUUCUCAUAAAAUAAAGCUCAAGUCUUUGGAGAGCUUUGUCAAAAACCUCAUCUUGCAUGGACAGGAUGAAUUAGAGUCAGCACAUGUAUCACAAUUCAGCAUAUAGCAAAUUGGAAGUCCAUCAUAAUAAUACUAUCAAAGCAGCCAAAUAAUCAAACUUAAUCCAACUCCCAACUAUUCAGAGAUAUCAUUCUAAUCAUGAGAAUGUGGCACAGGUAUCACAACCAGAGAAGUGAAAACAGCUCUUUAGCUAAAUGAAAUAUUUAAACAAGAUUACAAUAAAAAGUGAAUAUUUGGAACCAGUUGCCUAAACUUGAAAAUGUUCUGAACUGGUAAAUAAUACUGUGAAAAGCCAGUAUUACAGUGGCCAAUUUUACAAAUUCAGGAACACCCAAGACUAGGCAGAAAUAGGAUACCCAGAGUAAGGAAAGAAGGGCA